AUGGUUAUGUCCCGGUCAAAACAUGCCGUUUUUUGCCUCGGGAAGCUGUUGGAAACGAGUGCUGCGGGAGCAAAAAAAGCCGUGUUUGUGUCCGAUAUAUCCAUUUUGUCGCGAAAGCCCGCCGCCGCCCGGGCCGAUAUCUGUCAGUUUGGCGUCGAUUUCAGCGAACAGCUCGAAACGGAUCCGAACGUUCCUAACACGGGAAGUGCAAAAGGUCGAAGUAUUGGAAUUUAAUGAAACUUGGUAUAUAGGUACUUUAAGACUCCCUGAUUCCAAUAAAGUUGAAAAAAGUGCGCCUUUUUGGUUUUAGUCGAGUUAGGGCGCCUCAAAGUUUGCACGCAAAAAAUGCAUUGAAGGGAGGAGGGAAUGUGUUGCGGCGGCUAUCUCUAGCUGCCAGCAGGCGGCGUGGUGUAGUGGCUUGCGGCCUUGCGCUGUGGAACCUAUGAUGAAGGUUCGAAUCCUUUUUGGUGCAAUUUUUUUUUGCCAAAUUUUUUCUUGGAAAAAAAGAUGGAGUUUUGAAGAUAUUGAAAAAAAAAUCCCUUCAAAUGUUGAAAUUCACUAUUUUAUGUCGUUUUAAGCAAGAUUUUUGACAAAACAAAUUUUUUUUUUCAUUGUUUUUUGUAGUCAGUGGACUCUUUCUUGGAAAAAGUUUAAUGAAUGAAAAGUUCAGAAUUAUACGCAAUAUGCAAUGAUAAUAUAGCUAUAUAUUUUCCACCAAAAUUUUUUGAUGAAAAUUCUUACUGUCUAUUGAAGUCCUUUGAGCCUGAAAAAGAUACAGGACGAAAAAAUUUUUUGGUCGAAAAUUUUCCUUAAAACGACAUAAAAUGGUGAAUUUCAACAUUUGAAGGGUUUUUUUUUCAAUAUCAUAGGUUCCACAGCGCAAGGCCGCUAGCCACUACACCACGCCGCCUGCUGGCAGCUAG